AUGCCAGCGAUCCGCAGUGCCCGCGGCAAAAAGGCUCCUCCAGAAGGCUUCGACGACAUUGAAGACACCCUCCUCGAAUUCUCCAACAAAAUGAAAGAUGCCGAGAAUGCGAGCCACGAGGGCAAAAAAAAGCACGAGAUGCAGUGGCCCAUCUUCCAGAUCACGCAUCAGCGUUCGAGAUAUAUCUACGAUCUCUAUUACGAGAAGGAAGCCAUCGACAAGAAGCUCUACGAUUGGCUGCUGAAGAACGGGUAUGCCGACGCGAAUCUGAUUGCGAAGUGGAAGAAGCAGGGGUAUGAGAAGGUGAGCAUUUGUGCCGAGGUUUGA